UUCAUUCUAUUUUGAGAUCAGCAGGAGCUUCUACACACUGAUAUCCUGCUCUGCGCUGCCUCGCAGCGUGAACUUGGAAUAGAGUGUGAUACGGUACUGUCACAUUGUGGGUGUUCACUAAAUAUUCGCGAGUAUAUUUCGCUCAGUACAAAACACCGGCUGUCUAUAAUGUUGUGUCGGUAGUUUCGGGUACUCUCUCCUUUGAACGGGCGCUCUCCGGUUACUACAUCCGACUUUGUGAUUCACCAUGUUUUCCAAACAGACACCCUACGACACUGCCAUUCUCAUUCUAGUGUUUUCGGGUUUGGUAGCAACUGGUGAAGGAUGGCAUUACGGACAUGAAGAUACCUGGCCACAAAUGUGUAGAGAAGGAAAGAGGCAAUCACCCAUAGCAGUGGAGAGAAGAAAGGCUCUGAAAAAAAAUUUCUCGCCUUUUAUUUUCAAGAAUUACAACAAAAUUUACUCCACCAUGUUGAAAAACAAUGGCCAUUCAGCCGAAGUGAGAUUGAAAACUGAUGAAGUAUUAACUGUGGAGGGGGGUGGAUUACAAGAAGUAUAUAUUUUGGAUCAUUUACACUUCCAUUGGCAAUCAGAGCAUGUUAUAGAUGGAUAUAGAUAUCCACUAGAACUCCACUUGGUACAUUACGGAAAAUCGUAUGGUAAUCUCAGCAAUGCAGUGGGACACGAAAAAGGAGUAGCAGUUUUUUCCGUUCUUUUCGAUCUUUCCCCAGAUGAUGACGUUGAAUUCACAGUUCUUAUUGCCCUCCUGGAUAAAUUGAAAGAAACCUUGGACCAAGGAGAGCGUUUGGACGAUUUCCACAUACACGACUAUCUUCCUAGGGACACUGCAGGUUUUUAUCGGUACUUGGGGUCCUUGACGACACCAGAUUGUAACGAAGGAAUCGUAUGGACCAUCUUCACGAAUACCAUACCUAUUUCCGAAUCACAGGUGAGGAUAUUCCAUUCUCUGAAAACAGAAGAACACAAGGAGUUGACAAAGAACUAUAGACCACUUCAAAAAUUGAACGGUAGAAAUGUGUACCUGAAAGUCAGUCCCAUCCACAAAUCUUCUGGCGGAAAUUCUCUCUUGAAUGCAAUUAAUCGUGAUAUAUUUUUGAUAAUUUCUAUGUUAUCAAUGAUUUUAUUACAUUGAGUAUUCAUUUCGAAACUAGUCAUUACAACGAAUGAAACAAUGUCAUGCCAUGAUAUAGUUUAGUUACCUGAAUGCGUGAUAAAAUACUUUGUAAAUAUUUGUAAUAAAAUUUAGAAUAGUUUGAACAGUUUACAAUAGAAGUGUCUAUAUGAGAUAUUAAAUUAUUUUGUGGAAA